UCCCUUGUUUUGAAUAAACUUUAUUGAGAAGCAGAGGGAAAAGCAGGAUCUUGGGCCUCGCUGAGGCCUUUUCAGCCGAAGAAAAGCUUACUGGAGCCGCUUUGCCCCGCGAAGGCCUCGAUCCCCGACCUGGAGUACACCGUUCCGCCGGGGAGAAGGUGGAAAUAGAUAAGACGGACUUAACAAGAGCAGCUGCAUUUUGCAUGAAGGUUGGUGCCUGAGAAGUAGAGGGGAGGUAGGUGAAAUGUUUUGCCCCCUCCCCUAGUGGGGACCAGGCUGACUUUUCCUCAGGCCUCAGCAUGACCGGCUUCUCCAACUUGCCGCAGUGGACAGUUUGAUGUUGUGCAACUCCUGAGGGUCUGCCUUUGCUUGAACUUGGAGCACCCCCCCUUCCCCACCAUGGCUUCUGUCCCCGUGUAUUGUCUCUGUCGCCUGCCCUACGAUGUCACCCGCUUCAUGAUCGAAUGUGACGUUUGUCAGGACUGGUUCCAUGGCAGCUGUGUUGGAGUAGAAGAGGAUGCAGCAGCUGACAUUGACUUGUAUCAUUGCCCUAAUUGCCAACUUCUUCAUGGACCAUCUGUCAUGAAACGGCGCCGGGGGAACCUGAAACAGCUUGACUCAUCUACAAACAAAGAGGUUGGCAAGGCAGUGAAGACUGGUAGUGGUCAGUUUAUCAAGGAACUUCGUAGCAGGACAUUUCCUAGUGCAGACGAGGUGAUCCUAAAGCCAAGUGGGACCCAGCUGACAGUAGAGUUCCUGGAGGAGAACAGCUUCAGCGUGCCCAUCCUUGUCCUGAAGAAAGAUGGGUUAGGCAUGACCCUCCCUCCACCUUCAUUCACCGUGCGUGAUGUGGAGCAUUAUGUGGGUGCUGACAAGGAGAUUGAUGUAAUUGAUGUAACACGCCAAGCUGACCUCAAGAUGCGCCUGGGUGACUUUGUCAGCUAUUACUGCAGCAGCCGCAGGGAGAAAGUCCUCAACGUCAUCAGCCUGGAAUUCUCUGAGACCAGGCUCUCUAACUUGGUGGAGACCCCAAAGAUUGUGCGAAAGUUAUCCUGGGUGGAGAACCUGUGGCCGGAGGAGUCGGUAUUUGAGCGACCCAAUGUGCAAAAGUAUUGCCUGAUGGGAGUGCGGGACAGCUACACAGAUUUCCACAUUGACUUUGGGGGCACCUCUGUCUGGUAUCAUGUGUUGCGGGGAGAAAAGAUAUUCUACCUGGUGCGUCCCACUGCUGCAAACCUGACGCUCUUUGAGACAUGGAGCAGCUCCUCCAAUCAGAAUGAAAUGUUCUUUGGGGAUCAGGUGGACAGGUGCUAUCGCUGCCCCGUCCGACAGGGCCAGACUCUCUUCAUACCAACAGGGUGGAUCCAUGCAGUGUUGACCCCUGUUGACUGCCUGGCCUUUGGGGGCAAUUUUCUACACAGUCUCAACAUUGAGAUGCAACUCAAAGCUUACGAGAUUGAAAAGCGCCUCAGUACAGCUGACCUCUUCAAAUUCCCAAACUUUGAAACCAUCUGUUGGUACGUUGGCAAGCACCUGCUGGAUAUCUUCCGAGGUCUUCGAGAGAAUCGCAGACACCCUGCUGCUUAUUUGGUUCAUGGGGCCAAAGCCCUGAACACAGCCUUCCGCUCUUGGACCAAGAAGGAGGCCCUGGCGGAGCACGAGGAAGAAAUCCCUGGCGCUGUGCGUCCAGCCCAGCUCAUCAAAGAUCUGGCCAAGGAGAUCAGGCUUGUGGAAGAUAUCUUCCAGCAGAACCUCGGAAAGACAGGCAGUCCCUUCGGCCUGCAAAGGGGUACCCAGCCAGGUGCAGCUGCCAGGAGGAGUGACCAGAUUCCCAAGGAGCUGGGCAGGAAAGGCAGCCGGAAGGAUGUUGCCGCCCUCAAAGCUGUGGAACUGGAGCUGCUGCACAAAUACAAGAAGCAGGCCCUCAAGGGCGUAGAGAGCCCUGUCCAGGAGGAGCUCGAAUUGCCAAGUUCCAGCCAGGAAGAUACGGACGGAGAGCCUGACCUGACUGAGGAAGAGCUGUCUUUAGUAGUGGCAACCAACGGCCGGGGUCCCAGCAGGAAGAUCAAGGCCUCUGAAGGCAUCCGGAGCCGUAAAGAUGCACAUGCACGAGCUCCACCCAGCCCCUCUGACACCGAGGCCCUUGAUGUUGACUCCGAGGAAGACCUACAGAUCGAUGAGACACCUCGCAGGGAAAGGAGGAGCCUGGUGUUGCGCAAGCGACUGUCCAAAUUUCCCCGGAAAUUGCCUCGAGCCAAGCCAUGCUCUGAUCCAAACCGAGUACGAGAGCCAGGAGAAGUGGAAUUUGACAUUGAGGAGGACUAUACCACAGAGGAGGAGGAGACGGCAUCCGGUGAUGACCAGUUGGAGGGCAGCAGUAGCGCCGGCGGGAUUCUGGACCUGCUCAAGGCCAGUCGGCAGGUGGGCGGUGCAGACUAUGAUGAGCUCAGCGAUGCACCUGCCUCCCCCAGCACUCAGGAAGCCAUCCAGGGCAUGCUGUGCAUGGCUAACCUCCAGUCCUCAUCGUCCUCACCGGGGGCUUCCAGCUUGCAGGCCUGGUUGGCAGCGGGGCAUGAGCGUGGCUCUGCAGGAGCCUCUGGCUCCCAGCGUUCAGGGAAGAGACCCAUCAAGCGGCCAGCCCAUCACAGCACCGACAGUGAGGAAGAGGCCAGUCUGGAUGAGCAAGAGAGCCUGGGAGCCUGCUUCAAGGAUGCGGAGUACAUUUACCCAUCCUUGGAAUCGGACGAGGAUGACCCAGCCUUGAAAUCACUACCAAAGAAGAAGAAAUGCACAGAUGAUGCUCCCUGGAGUCCCAAGGCCCGGGUGACCCCAACACUGCCCAAGCAAGACAGGCCGGUGCGUGAAGGAACCAGAGUGGCAUCUGUCGAAACGGGCCUUGCAGCCGCAGCAGCCAAACUAGCUCAGCAGGAACACCAGAAGUUGCAGCGGCGGAAGCUUGUGGUAAAAAGGAAACCACCGUCUCCGAAGGUGCCCAGCCCAGAACCGGAACUGGAGCCAGAACCAGAGCUCGAACCAGAACCAGUGGAAACAGAAGUGGAAUCAGACUUGCCACUGCAACCACAGCAGGAUCCCGAUCCUGGGGUGCUGGUGGCUCCUGUGCCCACCCCCCCAACACCUGAACCCAAACAGGAGCAAUUUGCCGGCAGCCUGGUAGAUCAUGAGUACACCGCCCGGCCCAGUGUCUUUGGAAUGGCCCAGGUGAACCGCGCAACCAUUUUAUGA